GAAGUGGCGGCGGCGGCGGCUGCAACAACUCCGAGCUCGGGGCUGUGGCGGCGGCGGCGGCGCCAGCAGGCUGGGCUGCACGGUGCCGAGCCCGGCGCGCGGUCCGGGUUGCUGGGGCGGCGCGUAUGAUGCCUCAAAUGGAGGAGUCUCUGAGAAGCAUCUCUGGGCCAGUGGCUUUGAAAGGGAGCGCAGAGCAGAGACUAUUUACAGCCCUGGACAUCAUCACAUCCUGAGGCCUACGGGAGAGAAGACCAUGGCCAUGAACUUGGAUGACGACGUUCCCCUCAUCCUGACCUUGGAGGAGGGCGGCAGUGCCCCACUGGCUCCUUCCAAUGGCUUGGGCCAAGAGGAGCUGCCUAACAGAAAUGGAGGCAGCUACGCCGUCCACGGCUCCCAGGCCUCCAGCCUGAGCUCAGAGGGCGAGAGUUUCCCCUCGAGCCCCACUGGACACAACUGGGAGAUGAAUUACCAAGAGGCGGCCAUCUACCUCCAGGAAGGCGAGAAUAACGACAAGUUCUUCACCCACCCCAAGAAUGCCAAAGCGCUGGCGGCCUACCUCUUCGCACACAACCACCUCUUCUACCUGAUGGAGCUGGCCACGGCCCUGCUGCUGCUGCUGCUGUCGCUGUGCGAGGCCCCUGCCGUCCCCGCGCUCCGCCUCGGCAUCUACGUCCACGCGACCCUGGAGCUGUUCGCCCUGAUGGUGGUCGUCUUCGAACUCUGCAUGAAGUUGCGGUGGCUGGGCCUCCACACCUUCGUCCGGCAUAAGCGGACCAUGGUCAAGACCUCCGUGCUGGUGGUGCAGUUCAUCGAGGCCAUCGUGGUGCUGGUGCGGCAGACGUCCCACAUGCGGGUGACCCGGGCGCUGCGCUGCAUUUUCCUGGUGGACUGUCGGUACUGCGGUGGCGUCCGGCGCAACCUUCGGCAGAUCUUCCAGUCCCUGCCUCCCUUCAUGGACAUCCUGCUGCUGCUGCUCUUCUUCAUGGUCAUCUUCGCCAUCCUCGGUUUCUACUUGUUCUCCCCUAAUCCUUCAGACCCCUACUUCAGCACCCUGGAGAGCAGCAUAGUCAGUCUGUUCGUCCUCCUGACCACAGCCAAUUUCCCAGACGUGAUGAUGCCUUCCUACUCCCGGAACCCCUGGUCCUGCGUCUUCUUCAUCGUGUACCUCUCCAUCGAGCUGUACUUCAUCAUGAACCUGCUUCUGGCCGUGGUGUUCGACACCUUCAACGACAUCGAGAAACGCAAGUUCAAGUCUUUGCUGUUGCAUAAGCGAACCGCCAUCCAGCACGCCUAUCGCCUGCUCGUCAGCCAGCGGAGGCCUGUGGGCAUCUCCUACCGGCAGUUUGAAGGCCUGAUGCGCUUCUACAAGCCCCGGAUGAAUGCCUGGGAGCGCUACCUGACUUUCAAGGCCCUGAAUCAGAGCAACACCCCUCUGCUCAGCCUGAAGGACUUUUAUGAUAUCUAUGAAGUCACCGCCUUGAAGUGGAAGGCGAAGAAGAACAGAGAGCACUGGUUCGAUGAGCUUCCCAGGACAGCCUUCCUCAUCUUCAAAGGAGUUAACAUCCUGGUGAAGUCCAAAGCCUUUCAGUAUUUCAUGUACCUGGUGGUGGCAGUCAAUGGGGUCUGGGUCCUCGCGGAGACCUUCAUGCUGAGAGGUGGGAACUUCUUCUCCAAGCACGUGCCCUGGAGUUCCCUCGUCUUUCUCACUAUCUACGGGGUGGAGCUGUUCCUGAAGGUGGCGGGCCUGGGCCCCGUGGAGUACCUGUCCUCCGGCUGGAACCUGUUCGACUUCUCCGUCACAGCCUUCGCCUUCCUGGGACUGCUGGCGCUGGCCUUCAACAUGGAGCCCUUCUACUUCAUCGUGGUCCUGCGGCCGCUGCAGCUGCUGAGGCUGUUCAAACUGAAAAAGCGCUACCGCAACGUGCUGGACACCAUGUUUGAGCUGCUGCCCCGGAUGGCCAGCCUGGGCCUCACCCUGCUCAUCUUCUACUACUCCUUCGCCAUCGUGGGCAUGGAGUUCUUCUGCGGGAUCCUCUACCCCAACUGCUGCAACACAAGCACAGUGGCAGACGCCUACCGCUGGCGCAACCGCACCGUGGGCAACAGGACGGUCGUGGAGGACGGCUACUAUUAUCUCAACAACUUCGACAACAUCCUGAACAGCUUUGUGACCUUGUUCGAGCUCACAGUUGUCAACAACUGGUACAUCAUCAUGGAAGGCGUCACCUCUCAGACCUCCCACUGGAGCCGCCUCUACUUCAUGACCUUCUAUAUUGUGACCAUGGUGGUGAUGACCAUCAUCGUGGCCUUCAUCCUCGAGGCCUUCGUCUUCCGAAUGAACUUCAGCCGCAAGAACCAGGACUCGGAAGUUGACGGUGGCAUCACCGUGGAGAAGGAACUGUCCAAGGACGAGCUGCUCGCUGUCCUCAAGCUGUCCCGGGAGGCGCGGGGCGCGGCCGCGGACGUCCCCCAGCUGCUCCAGGUCCUCUCCCAGAUGGAGAGAAACGAGCAAAGCACCGUGGUGUUCCUGGGACGGAGAUCCAGGACCAAGAGUGACCUGAGCCUGAAGAUGUACCAGGAGGAGAUUCGGGAGUGGUACGAGGAACACGCCCGGAAGCAGGAGCAGCAGUCGGACGGCAGUGGUGCCCCCGCCACCCAGCAGCCCCCAGGCAACCGCCAGCGCUCGCAGACCAUCACCUAAGCCAGCUCACUCCCGAAAGCCAUCUCUUCUAUGCAAUAACACAAUAGCAUUAUUUUACUACGACGUAUCGGAAUAACGUGUAUAUGUACAUAUGCACACGUCCAUAUAUAUAUGCACCUAUUUAUAGACAACGGAAAAGACAGGCACGCAGGUGGGGUUUGGUUUGUAACCUCCUUGCCCUGUUUUCCUUAACUCCAGGAGUCAGUUUGCUCUGGGCGCGGCCAGGCAGAAAGCGCUGGAAGGAAGGCCCCUUCCCAGGAACGCCGCUGGAAUGGACUCGGCCGUCUCUGCGGGGCCGGCCCUCCCCAGGCCACACGCACACCCACGUCUUCCUGCCGCUGCCAGGCUCGCGUCCCAGCUGACAGCUUCCCCACUAACUCCCGCUGCCGCCACGUCACGGGUUUCUGUCUUGCUUUAGGGACAAAACCACUUACGAAGGAGAAAUACUCGGAUUCGUAUUUCUCUGUGUGAUAAUGUAAUAGACGGUCCUUCGGGGACCUGUGCCUACGACCUAACGGGGAGGGGAAUCGGUGUGACUGGACCAUGGGGUCAGGCCUCAGCCGGCGAGUGCCCGGCGCGUCUCGUGUCCUGGCUCUAAGCCUUCUGUCCCACCCCCCUUUGGUUAGGUUUCAGCUCUUGUUGCUGAAAAUCCUAACAGCCUCGGUUGGACCCCAGGCCCAGCACAAAGGGGGGAGCGGGGGAAGCAAGGGUGAGGCCGAUGGCUACACCCAGACCCAUUCCCGCCACGGCUUUCUCCACUCAGCCCCUCCCCCUGCUCGUGACUGUGCUGUCCAGGCAGAAAGACGUGCAGGUUCCUCAGGAUUCUCAGGACAGUUCUGCUGCGGGCACCCAGGGCCUCACUGGGAGGAGUGGCUGGUACCGAAGCGGGUCCGAGUGAACCCGCAGCUCCCCGAGUCCCCCGGUACCUGGGGAGUUGUCCGAGGUCAGUGUGGGUGGGGUGGGAUCGGUGCUCGAAUCCAGAGCAGGCUGUUGGGGUUGGCAGCCCCAGUGAGGGCACAGCAGGGUCAGAGGAGGGCGCUUGGAGGCAGGGGCGGCCCCUGCUCUCAGCUGCCUCCACGGCCUCCUGUGGCUCAGGGGGGUGGGUGGGCUGAGGUUCCCAGCAGGGCAGGCCUGACCCCGGGUACAGUACCCAGCACCCCUCACCCUCUCCAAGGCCCAGCCUGACCCCCGUAACCCACACUGCACAGCUCUGCCCCUCACGGGGAGAGGAGUGGGCAUUUUCAUUAAAGCACAGCCCUUUGGGGACACCAGGAAAUCAGAUUCCCACAGGGGGCAGGAGGCUGGCGGCCUCUGUCGGGGGCCAUCGGGCAGCUGGGU